GACUCGGGGUCCUUGCCUGGCAGCGUGUCACAGGUUCUGCACGACAGGUCACAUAUUGUGUAUUAUGAGAGGAGUUGGGGCAGGGGCCAAGUCGGUGGCCUCAGUGACCCUCACACCCCCUGCCUGGCAUCACCGCAGGCCAAGCCAAGCUGCCUGCACUGCUCCCACUGUGACGAGACCUACACACUCCCCCAAAAUGGCACCAUCAAACUCUACAAGGAGCUCCGCUGCCCUCUGGACGACUUUGAGCUGGUCCUGUGGUCGUCAGGCUCCCGGGGCAAGAGCUACCCACUGUGCCCCUACUGCUACAACCACCCACCCUUCCGCGACAUGAAGAAAGGCAUGGGCUGCAAUGAAUGUACACACCCCUCCUGCCAGCACUCGCUGAGCAUGCUGGGCAUCGGCCAGUGUGUGGAAUGCGAAAGCGGGGUGCUGGUGCUGGACCCCACCUCGGGCCCCAAGUGGAAGGUGGCCUGCAACAAGUGCAACGUGGUGGCGCACUGCUUUGAGAACGCCCACCGCGUGCGGGUGUCCGCCGACACCUGCAGUGUCUGUGAGGCCGCCUUGCUUGACGUGGACUUCAACAAGGCCAAGUCCCCACUCCCGGGCGACGAGACACAGCACAUGGGCUGCGUCUUCUGUGACCCCGUCUUCCAGGAGCUGGUGGAGCUGAAGCAUGCGGCCUCCUGCCACCCCAUGCACCGUGGUGGACCAGGGAGGAGGCAGGGUCGAGGGCGGGGCCGGGCCAGGAGGCCCCCUGGGAAGCCCAACCCCAGGCGGCCCAAGGACAAGAUGUCAGCCCUGGCCGCCUACUUCGUAUGAUGGCCCUGCCCUUCCUCACUCAGGCUGCGGUGCCGUGCAGACACCUCAUGGCACUUGAAACUAUUAAAAUGCAUUUUGUCUUCUCC